GGUGCGGCUGGGUUGCUACAGCCGGAGCUGGGCGGCGGCGGGCGCUGCCGGAGGAUCCUGAAGCGGUUCGCCAUGGACGGGCUGGAAGAAAAUGGAAGUGUUGUCCAAGUUGGAGAAUUGUUGCCCUGCAAGAUUUGUGGAAGGACAUUCUUUCCAUUAGCACUGAAAAAACAUGGACCCAUUUGCCAGAAAACUGCCACUAAAAAGAGGAAGACUUUUGAUUCAAGCAGGCAAAGAGCUGAAGGCACUGAUAUUCCCACAGUCAAACCUCUUAAACCCAGGCCAGAACCACCAAAGAAGCCAUCUAAUUGGAGAAGAAAGCAUGAGGAAUUCAUUGCCACCAUAAGAGCAGCAAAGGGCCUUGAUCAGGCACUUAAAGAGGGUGGCAAACUUCCUCCUCCUCCGCCGCCUUCCUAUGACCCUGAUUACAUCCAGUGUCCAUAUUGCCAGAGGAGGUUCAAUGAAAACGCAGCGGACAGACACAUCAACUUUUGUAAAGAACAGGCGGCGCGUAUUAGUAAUAAGGGCAAAUUUUCUGCUGAAGCCAAAGGAAAGCCAGCUUCUCGGCCACAGUAUAAACCAUCUCCACUUAAAAAAUCAAAUUCUCCUGGAACUGCAGCAUCAUCCCGACUACCACAGCCAAGUACUGCUAGCAAAACUGUUGUAGGUGUGCCUUCGGGUAAAGCAUCUUCAGUUAACAGUUCUUUGGGAAACAAACUCCAGACCUUGUCACCUUCUCAUAAAGCAAUAUCAGCCCCCCAGGCAGGUAAGAUGGACAAGUUAGGCCCUCCUCUUCGAACUGGAAGACAUGUGCAAAGGUUGUAUGACAGUGAUACAAAGUCAGACAGUGCCUUCAAAAGACAUGAGUUAUUACCCGUUUACAAAGCUAACAUCAAAUCUCGAAAUACUACACCUCCUAGCUUGGCAAGAAAUUCUGUGGCAGGUGUGCUUACCAACAAAAGAAAAACUUAUAAUGACAGUUUUGUAGCCAGGCCAGAUGGAGACUGUACAUCUUCAGUUAAUGGUGGAAACAUUAAAGGCGUUGAGGGAAAUUCAUCUGGACACUUACCAAAAUUCUGCCAUGAGUGUGGGACAAAAUACCCUGUUGAGAGGGCAAAGUUCUGCUGUGAAUGUGGUAUUCGAAGAAUGAUUCUGUGAACAGAAUCUCAGAAGCUAAGGGGCCAGGCUAAGAAUUCGAUGAUUAUUGCUGCUUUGUCACCCAGGGCACUUAUAGUUACAUUGCGCUACAGCUAUUUACAGAGCCUUUUCCCCUUCUCUUUGGAACAUAAGACUUUGGCUGUAUAAUGUGUCUGUAUGUAUUUAUAAUUAUAUAUGUAUGUAUAUAUAUUCUGUAUAUAAUAAAUCUGAUUCCUCCAGCCUGUGCCAUUUAAAGAAAUCCUUAAGUACAUGUCAGAAAGUAAGCUGAUAUGAGACCAGUGUCUUCAGUAUUGCUCUCCAGUUGUUUAAAAACAUAGUAUACUUGCACAGGCAACUCCCACUCCAGUGAUGAGCCUUGCAUGCUUUCGGAGAACGAGAAGCCAGAAUAGAAGCUGUUAUUGGUGCCCAUCUCCGGUAGCAUCAUAGGGGAAUGGGAUACUGGAGAUUCUGUUAUUAAAGAGAAUGUUAUUUGAUCACUAUCAAUUGAUGUGAGGUCAUUUGCCCAGCGGGACUCUUCAGCAACUAGUGUUAAAUUCCUUAAAAAAAAAAUGAUGAAAAGGAAAAUCUGAGGUCCAUGUUGCUGGUAAGUUCAUGGAUUAUUGGUUACAUAACCCAAUUAAAUUAUUAAACAUAUAAUCCUCAUUCUGUGAACACGUAAUAAUGCAAUCUCCUUUUCAGGAAUGGCUGAGCUUAUAAAUGUAAUUUUACUCUGCUUAGAACUGAAUGAUUAAUUUACCUCCAUCUGAUUUGGACACAUUUUCUCUCCACUUCCAAUUGUGGUUUGAGAUUUUAUUUUUCCCUUCUUAUGGCGUAAAUCCUUAGAAAAGUAGUUUUAGUUUACUGCUACAGUCUUUGCAGUAUUACACAUAAUUAUAUUACAUAUAAUUAUUUAAGGUACAGUUUUUUCUGUAAAAUUUUGUUUGAAAAUUUUAUCUCUGUGUAUGUGUGUUUGUAGGAAAUUAAUACAUUUUAAAACAAAGCACCCUGCUCAACCAAUAAUAAUUGUGGUACUCAUUAAUUCUGAGCAUGCAGGCGAAGCUGAUUUUUAGUUUUUUAGUCCCUCAUGGUUCAUAUAGUUACAAGUAUUAAAAGAAUACCUGGUUUUUCCUGUUCACAUGUUCUUUAGUGCUUACUUUUGGAAUUCCACAUAUAUUACAGAGAAAAUGCACUGAAAUGUUUUAAAGAGCUGACUUCCACAAGCACAGCUACAGUGUAGACUAUAGCAGUACUGACUGGCAGGCCGCUUUGGCAGUGUGUUCCCAUAGUCCUGCAGAAUGACUCUGCAGUCUGAACUUUGCCCUACAAAGGGACCCGUAAUUUUUUGUAUUGAUGGGCUUCCUACUUUCUUCUUUGUUGUUUCUGAUUAAGGAUGGAUGUAGAAAUUCAUUGCUUCAAAUUUCAUUUCUGAAAUUUAUUUACUUCUUUUUUCUAUUUUAAUUUCUGAAGGGAUUUUAAACUUGUAAUGAGUUGUCAUUUCAUUCACCUUAUUCUUUCAUGUUAUUAGAUUUUCCCUCUUGUUUGUUCCUUGGUCAUAUUGAUAAAUUCAAAACUAAGUAGCUUGAAUUAAUAGUAAUGAAUUUAGAAGUCUAAGACAAUCUGGAUUUUCAUCUUAGUAAUUCCUUUUUGUGAAAUCGGUUGCAAAUAUAUGAAGAACUUUUAAUUCGUUAAUUCAUCUUUAGGAAUGAGCACUAUUUCUUUCAGGUGUGUUUUUAAUUCUACUUUUAUUCUACUUAAGGAAUGGGUGUGUUUGUUUGUUUUUGUUUUUAGAGACAGGGUUUCUCUAUGUAACAGUCCUGGCUGUCCAGGAAUUUUAGGCCAGGCUGGCCUCGAACUCACUGAGAUCCACCUGCCUCUGCCUCCGGAUGCAUAACCACCUCCCAGCAAUCAUUUUUAAAUAAGCAGACAAGUUUGUCAUUGAUUGCUACAGUAGCAAAUGUUAAAAAGCAUACUACCUAGAAAUAAGCAGUUCCAAAGCCCAGAGAUCACUACAGACAGUAAGUUGCUGAAAUACGCAUUUGAAACACGGUACAAUUUUAACAGGUUUCUGUGGUCCAUUCUUACUCUCAUGUUGAUGUGUUGUGCAAUAGUUUUUACGGUCUCCCUAUGCACCAUUCAUUUUUAUUUAUUUGCACAAUUAUUUGCGAGUAUGAUAGAAUGAAAAGUAAUUGUAAGGUUAAAUUAAAAUGGAAUAUUGUUUAUAGAUUAUUCUGAAAGUUAUUCACUUAAAAAAAUAAGACCUUUGUGACUGCUGUUGUCUCUUAUUCACAGUUUUUAAAAUUAUAAGUGAUAUAUUCAUUUUGAAUCAAUAAAGACACAAAUAAAU